AUGAAUUAAUCUCUUUUCUCUUUUAACUUGAAGGCACUUUUACCUAUGGAAAAUUACUAAUUAAUACUUAAUGAGUAAACAAGGAUGAAUAAAUACAUUCACAGCUAGAAUACUAUUUAGAUUAAGGAGUUAGAUUUAGAAUAAAAAACUAGAAGAAAAAGCUGUCAUUGUGGAUUAUGUGGUUAACAAAGUCAAUUUUAGUUUAAAACAAUGAAUAUUCCACUUAAAAUAAGACAAAUUCAAAAGGAGUAGGAAUUUAUUAUACCAGAAUUAAUAGUAACAAAACCUGAAUGUAUAAAUAGAAAUAUUUUAUAGCUAGAAUGAGUACCUUUUAUAAGAAAUCUUCUUUUAAGAAUUUGUAAAUUAUAGAAACUAAAGAAUAGAUAAAUAACACUUAAUUGUCCUUAAAUAUUCAUGGACUCAAAAGAGCUUAUAAUAGAUAAAAUACAUUAUUGAAAUUAAUAACAGAUGGUCAAGAGAAAUCUAAAAGAAGAGAUAGUAGUGGAUUAUUUUCAUCAUCUGAACUCUAAUCUUUAAAUUCUUUGAAAUCUUUGAAUAUUACAACUAGUCCUACACAAUCAUCCUUAUAGAAUCAAAAGAAUUCCAUUUAGCCUAAAAGCCCUUUAAGUCUAUUUUCUCCUAAAAGAAAACAUCAAUAAACACAUAACAAAUUAUACAGUAUUAAUACAAGAAAUUAUAAUCCAUAUGUGAUAAAUUCGAAUAAAUAACUAUUGAUAAAGCCAUUAAAGUUAUAAAAUUCACUUUCCACUCUUGGAAGUUCAUUUCCAAAACUUAAUAAAAAAAAGUAGUGA